AUGCGUGCUCUCACGCGGUGCGCUAACGCUGCUUUCCUCCGUAGCUCCAAUGCGCGCGUCCCUUCUCCACUCGCACCGCCGCCCUCUUCGUGCAUCCCUAGGGCACCCUCUCUGCUUGCUGCACCCACCCGACAGCAGCAGCGCCAGCGGCGGAGGUGUGUGUGGGGGGAGGAGUGUGUGUGGGGAGGAGUGUGUGUGGGGAGGAGUGUGUGUGGGGAGGAGUGUGUGGGGAGGUGUGUGUGGGAGAGGGGGGUGUGUGAUGGAGGUGUGUGUGGGAGAAGGGGGUGUGUGAUGGAGGUGUUUGUGGGGGAUUUGUGUGUGGGGAGGUGUCCCUUUAAUCACCUCCUCUUUCCUCCUAUCUCCCCCUCCCUCUCCUCUCCCCUCCAUCUGCACCGCACAGCACCAGACUGCACCCUAAGCACCUCCGCCCUCUUCGUGGAUCCCAAGGGCGCUCUCUCCGCUUGCUGCGGCUCCCAGGACAGCCCCUGCGGCUCACUGGAAGCAGCUCUAGCAAGAGCAUCUGACAACGCUACAAUCACACUCGCUUCAGGAACAUAUACCCGCACCGCUCCCCCUCCAUCCGCCCCCAUCCUCCUCCCUCCCCUCCUCGCCCUCACCAUCCUUGGCCCUGGCCUCCCUUCCCCUCCUGCCGUGCUUGACUGUAACGGUGGCCCUUGCCUUGUUGCCUCAUGCCAAAGCACCCCUACUGCUGCUGCUACUGCUGCUGCUGCUGGUGCUGCUCCUAAAACCUGGUGUGGGCAGCAGCAGCCAGUGUUGGUGGUGGAGUAUCUGAGUGUGGUUAAUGGAGUGAGUGGCUGGAAGCAGGGGGAGGUGGUGUGGGUAGCAGCACAGCAACCGCAGCUGAAGGUGGAGCACCUGAGUGGAGUGACAACGGGGAGUGGAGGCCGCCUGCUUCCGGAUGGGUACCGUGCGGUGCUCAGCCACGUGUCCUUCUCCAACUGCACGUCAACAGGUCCCAGUGGUGGUGCUGUAGCUGUUCUAGAAGCUGCUACAGCUACAACUCUCGUUGCUACAGCUGUGACCAUCAGCAGCAGCAGGGUGCGGGGUGGGGGCGUUGGCGGGGGAUUGUACGUGGGAGCAGGGGCGAGAGUGUCUCUGAAAGGGGCGAUGUUCGAAGGGUGUUACACAGAGAGGGAGGAGGGCGUGGCAGGGGGAUAUGGCGGGUGCAUCGCGUCUUUCUCUGCUGCCAAUCUGACGGUUGAAGACUCGAGCUUCACUGGGUGCAAGGUGAGGGGUGGUGUGCAAGGCGAGGGGUGGGUGAAGGGGGGGAAGAGGGGAGAAGAGGGGGGAAAGACUUCUCAGUGUUCCCCUCAGGAGGAGCAAUCCUCUUCAACACUCCCUGCACAUGCACAUCCGGGACUCCCACUUCCUCCCCUCCUUCUGUGGACUCUCACUUCCUCCCCUCCUUCUUUCAACUCCUUGUUCCCCCUUCUCCCCCUUCUCCCCCUUCUCCCCCCUCUCCGCCCUCUCCUUCCACCACCACAGGCCAUGGCAGGUGGGGCAAUCAACGAGUUCAACUCCUCAACCACCAUCGCCAACACCACCUUCACUGCCUGCACCGCCGAUCAGGGCGCCGACGUCUCAGUCUUCCCCUCGGGAGGCGCAAUCCUGUUCAACACCUCCCUGCACAUGCACGUCCGGGACUCCUCCUUCCGCCGCUGCGCCUCGACUUUGACUGGCGGGGCGAUCAGCGUGCAAUCGGCCGUGGCGCCGCUGACAGUCACGGGGAGUGUGUUUGAGGAGAACCAGGCGUUCAUGCAGGGGGGGUGUCUGGAACUUAUUAUGCUGCCGGGAGUCACGGAGAUUCUCGACUGCCGAUUUAUAAACAAUGUGGUCACAAACGUGCCAUCCUUCGCAGCAGCAGUCGUGUCGUACGGUGCGGCCCUCACAGUGCGCGCCUGCCUCUUCCAAAGCAACGCCGCCUCGCCCACCCCUGCUGGCGACGGCAGCGCCUCCGCCACGUACCUGUCGCAGGGAGCAGCGCUGAUGGUGUUUGCCUUCAUGGACCCCUUGUUCCCCAUCACCAUCGCUGAUUCCACGUUUAAGAACAACACGGCUGGGCAGGGGGCUGCUGUGUAUCUGGAUGCGGGCAACGUGACUGUAACGAAUUGCUCCUUUAUAGAGAACGGCGACCACGGGAAUUCCAAGAUUGGUGGAGCCAUGGUUUCCCGAGCCACCACUGCUCUAACCAACUGCACCUUCCACGGCAACAGGGCGGCCAGUCAGGCGGGGGCGCUGCACUUCAUGCCGUACGGCCCGCUCUCCGUCACCAACUGCUCCUUCUCCAACAACUCCGUGUUACUCGCCCAGGGCGGUGCAAUCAACGUCUACCCGGGCUUGUCACCAGUGGACAUAACCGGCAGCCGUUUUGAGGGCAACACGGCGGGGCUAUCCCGGGGAGGUGCUGUCUACAGCGAGAGCACGGAGAUGCGUUUCACUGACGUGCUCUUCCAGGGGAACGAGGCUGGCUUACAAGGCGGGGCUGUCACAGCCUACGGGGCGGAAUCUGAAGGCAAGCCUGCCACAGUGACCUUCACCAGAUGCACCUUCCAGGGCAACCGGGCGGCGCUGGGGGGAGGUGCUAUCUACUCGGGGCUGAGCGUGGGCAUGCGCGUGGAGGGGAGUCGAAUCGAGGAGAAUGAGAGUGCUGGCAUGGGAGGGGGGAUGCUCAUACAAGAGUUUUCCAAAGUGACUAUGACGAACUGUGACUGUGUGAACAACAGAGCAUCCACUGGAGGGGGUUGCCUCUCCCUCCUAGCCAACGCCACAGCCCGCCUCUUCUCCUCCCGCCUCAACCUCAACCGGGCCACCAGCGAAGGAGGAGCUGCCCGGAUCAGCGGCGCGGCCACUCUCUCUCUGCUCGCCUGCAACGUCUCUCAAAACUCUGCCCCCUGGGGAGGCGCCGUGUGGGUGGAGAUGGAAGCAAGGCUCCAGGCAGAAAACAACACAGUGUUCUCCGGUAACCGCGCGGACUAUAUGGGGGGCGUGGUGUACGCGACGCAUGUAUCGGAUGUGACUGUAUCGAUUAGUUCUUUUACCGGGAACUACGCGCUGCAUGGCGGGGCGAUCGCGGCCGAAGCCGAGGCGAAUGUCACGGCGGUUGAUUCGGCGUUUUCUGGGAAUGCUGUGUCGGCGGUGCUGCUGCAGGGGCUGGCAGAUGGACGCUUCACCAGGUGUACCUUCUCUAGGAAUAGGAACCCAGCAGGGACAGGUGGCGCGCUGCGAUUGGCCGACGGGGUUGCUGCGGUGGUGGAGGGGAGCAGGUUCGAGGGGAACGUGGCGGAGCUGGGCGGAGGCUUGGCAGUGGACGGGCAGGCUCGGCUGGACCUAACCUCAGGUUCGGUGUUCAGUGGGAAUUCUGCGCAGGUGGGAGCAGGAGCGGCGUUUGUAGGGACUGCAGUGGUGAAUGUAUCGGGAUGUGCUUUUAAGGGGAACAACGCGAGUGUGGCGGGAGGAGGGGUGGCUGUGCUAGAGCAAGCGUCAGGGGGGGUGGGAGGGAGCGAGUUCAGUGGGAACUAUGCGGUGCUGGGCGGUGCAGGGGUGUACGUGCUGCGGUUCCCCCUGGGUGCCUCAGAAGCAGCAGAAAAAACAGGGGCAGCAGGCUCUGGCGGAGCAGGUGGCUCAGGUGGAAAUUCAGGUGGAGGCCGGCAGUUACAGCAGCAGGGGCAGCAGGGGCAGGGACAGGGGCAGCAGCAGCAGCAGCAGCAGCAAGGGCUGGGGCUGAGGCAGCAAGGUGAGGGGCGGCUGGUGGUGAAGCAGCUGAGCUUUGAGGGCAACAGCGCGCUGUACCGGCAGGCAGCGGCCUUCUUUGAGGCCACCACCCACCGCCACCUCCGCUCGCUCUGUGAGGGGUGUGCGUUCCGAGGGGCGGGCGACACCCAAGGCACCAUGCCCGCUGGCUUCUCCAUUAAGUGGCCGGGCAGGGAGGAGGACUCCAGCAUGGUGAAUGCAAGGGGCGAAACCUUUGUGGUGCGGGCAGCAGUGGGGGCGCGCAUAGAGGGGCUGCAGGUGCUUGUCUUGGAUGCCCUCAACCAGAGCGUGGCGCAGGACAGCACGUCUCUGGCUGCUGUGUCGCCGGAUAGUCGCAUCAGUGGCGACCUGAGAGGCACUGCCGCCAAUGGCGUCAUCACCAUUCCUUCGAUUGGCAUCCAGGUCACACCAGAGGAAGCCCAGUCGUUCGAGGUCACUGUGACCCUUUCAUCGCCCACUGACGCCUAUCCCUCCCUCCCUCUCGAAUGGUCCUUGCAUUACUUAUGA